AUGGAGCAACCAGUCGUUGAUUAUCUCACGAAGCAAAUACAGAUUGGCCGCAACGUAGUCACCUUCAGGUCUCUCAGUCGACACUUCAACAUACAUGUCAAUGCCGCUAAGAAUACCCUCGCCGCGUUCCAUGCUGCCUCGCACAGCUCAUCUGAGCCGGUGUAUGCCACCUACAUGUUGACCGGUGAGGUCACUCCUCCCGCCACACGGGUAUCACAAUUGCAGCAAGAUGAUAUGGAAGUCGACAAUGAGGAACCGACAACAUCAAGAGAACUGCAAGAUCAGGAGCAAGAACCGGACAGCGAGGUGGUGCCGCUCACGAGGGUGCUUCUGGUAGGAGAGAACGACGUAGAGAGGGCAAAAGCGCAGUACAUACGCGUCUUGUCUCAGGUUGUCUACAGCCUAUCACCGGCGCGUCUCAUCGUCCGACAAGGUCUACGAAGCCGAUCAAAGCUCAAGGUGGACGCCUCAGUACUACUUGGUCGGCUGGUCGGCCUGCACGUCCAUGUCGGCAAGCCCGUUGUUCUGACUCCUUUGCCCGUGAAAGCGUCAGUCGCGCCUGCCACAGAAACUUCACAGAAACAAGUUGUGCAGAGGCAAGCCACAGACACGAAGUCCGGACAGCCGGAGGAUAAGCCAAAGUUCAAGCCUAAGGAAGCUAAGUCUGCACUGAAGCCCCGAGCGUCUGGCAUUCUCGAUUGGGGUAAAGCGAAGGCAAAACAGAAGGAUGAGGGAGCGAAGGAGAAGGAGAAGGCACAAGAGGCGGACGAGACACGGGAGAAAGGGCAAAUCAAGAAGGCGACUCCAGUGGAGGAGGCGAGUAAGAAGAACGGCAAGAGAGGUGUAAAGCGCAAGUCUGCCCUGCCCGCGUCAGACGAAGAGGAGGGUGUCCAAGACGGUGCACCACGCAAGAAGAGCCCUGUCACUUCAAAGCCCAAGGGAAAGGAAACAGUGAAGGACGAAAAGCCGUCGACAUCAAGUAGCAGCUCGGCGAAGGCAUCGGCAAUCCGCCGGAAGUCCACUCGUGCUGUCAUGUUGGAUUCGGACGACGAUGAAUCGCACUCUCCUACUCCAGCUCCUCCGACUAAAGAAGUCGCGAAGGCUAAAAGCAAAGAUGAGGACAGUCGGAGAAAGACCAAGACCAAGGUGCGGUCGUCCGUUAUAGACAAAAGUCUCAAAGCUAUGAUGGACAUCGAUGACGAUGAGGUCGAUAAAGCAUCCCGGCCCGCCUCAGUGCCCGAGAGUGAGGUGGAGACUGAAGAAGAGGCACCUCCGGAUACACAGACCGAGGACGUCAUCGAUGAUUCGGAGCCGGAGCGAAUGAAACAACGACCGCAGAAGAAGAAGAAACAGGCGAAGAAACCCGUCCCUGUCGGGCGGAAUGGCUUGAAGAAGCGGCGUGUCAUGCGGACUCGCACGAAGACAGAUGAGAAGGGCUAUAUGGUCACCGAAGACUACUCAUCAUAUGAGUCCGUUGACGAAGAGGAAGCUGAAGAGCCUGCGAAGGGUAAAGGUAAAGGGAAGAAAGGUGCCUCAGUCUCAACCAAGGGUAAGAAGAAUGCGGGCGAGGAUGGCAAGGACGCGGGAGACGCGAAGGAAGCAAGUCAAGAGGACAAGAAACCUGGCAAAACUGCUCGAAAACCCCCGAAGGAUCGCAAGUCUGCUGGGAAGGCUGGGCAGGGCACUCUGACGAAUUUUUUUAAGUAG